AUGGCUGCCUUGAUUAACUAUGGAAUAUCAGAGAAGAAAAGCAUGGUCCAAACUGCAAUAUUUACCAUAGAGCUUCUUCUCUUAUCAACAGGACUGAUCUCUAGUUUUUUCAUGCUCAAAAAAGCUAUAAAUCCGCGCUACUUAUGCGACAUGUUUCUUGUUAAUCUGAGGGAAAGUUUGAAUUCUUUGAAGAUCUUCUUGUCAUCUCCACUAUAUAUCUGUCUCUUUAUAAACUCUGUUGUCAUCCUUAUAUUAACUUUCUCCAAAUUUCAACACCCAAUAAUGGAAAUUCUCAAUGUUUUUCUAAAUGAAAAGGAUACUGAUGAUAUUCAAACUCAGCCACCACAACAGCAUCAUGAGAAAGUAGACAAGCCGAAUAGAACCAAUUCAGCAAUUGCAAUGGAGACUGUCAUGUCAUUUUUCAGCCGUUAUAAUUCCUCCCACCUUUCAGUAUUAGAAGAUAUUCAAGAUGAGAUGCCCUACAACGUGAAAGACAUUGAAAUUGAUAGUAUACAAACAGCAUAUACUUUUCCAGACAUAUCUCAUUUGAGUGAAGCCAGUGAAAUGAAGAAACCACGUUCACCACAUCCGCCACAGAUUACCAAUGCUACAAAAACAAAGCAAACCAACCAAAAAAAGUUUGAAGAAGAAGAAGAGGAAAUAGAGGAUGACUCAUUGGAGGCAACAUGGAAAGCAAUUACAAACAAGAAAAAGGAGCUGAAUAAGUCAUUGACAUUUAACGAUGCUUUAUCGAUGUCUCGAAUAGGUGGGCUAAGAGGGGAUAUCUCUGUAAGUCCAGAGGAAUCCAACAAGAAAUUUGAUGAUUUCAUUAAAAAGAUCAACCAUGAGAGAAUACUUCAGAGGCAAGAAUCUGAUCAGCGAUAUAUGCUAAAUCUCGCCCGUUAA